UUUAUUAGUUGACAGUUUUUCUCGUCUAAUUGCUAGGCAACAGAUUUUCAUUACCUAAACAACCCAAAUUUACUCGGUAAAAUACAAACCUCUUGUGCAAUUAUAAGUGACAAUAGCUCGUUUGUAUAAGAAUGUCACGGCAACCUGUAUUUAAGAAACGCAGUGAACGACAAGAGUAUCGCAAUAUCAGAAAAAAAGUGGUGGACACGAUAGAAUUGUCAGUUUUAGAACAUCCUCCGAGUACAUCUACUUCAUUUUCAAAUAGCGGGUGAUGAAAAAUGGAGAACAGUUUCUACAAUUGAAGAAUUAAAGGAACUGAAUAAAAAAUUAAAUUCGGCCGAGAAUAUGACUGAGGCAAUUAAGACACUACAACUGAUUGGGGGGAAAGAUUUAUCCGACACUUGUAAAAGAGUGUUGGGUAAAAUUCUUUCAAACGAAGUUGCUGUGGCAAUGAACUGGUCGGGGCGCAAUCAAAAAGAAGGCUUUGUCCAUUUGAAUAACAUUGUGAACUUAGUUCUUGUCACUGUACGGAAAAACCCCUUGUGCAGAGACACAAAUAAACAAGAAGUGGAAAAUUCCAUAAAAAUUUGGCUACGUAAUGCGAGUGAUCGGGAUGGUGGUCGCAACAAACGUAUGAGAAGAACUGAAUAAAAAUUAUGAUGUUAAUACUUGUUACCUAAUGUGAUAUUUAUUUUUAUUUAUUUAGAAAAUUCUGUUGUUUUGUGCAUAUCUAUGUAUAUAUUUUUCGAAUGCCAAAUUUAUGUUUUUAUAUGCGUAAUAUCCAUAAUGUGAUAUUUAUUUUUGUUAAUUUAGAAAAUUCUGUUGUUUUGUGCAUAUGUAUGUAUAUAUUUAUUGAAUACUAAAUUUAUAUUUUUA